CUUGUUCAAUAUGGACAAUCUUUGCAAGUAUCUCAAUUAGCUGCAUGCAGAGUGCUUAAUAUUAGUCAUCUACUUGUAUUUCCUCAAUCUUACUCUAUAAAUUCUGAAUCUAAUACUACGCACUUAUCAAUGCAUCUGCAACAGUUGGAAGAACAGAAGGAGAAUAAAUUAAUAAUCUUACAAAAUUUGAUAGAACAUUGUUCAAAACACAUAGUUCUCUCAAGACGUUUUAAUGAAUUAAUGAAUAAUCACUGUAUGCGGAAAAAAGACUUUCAUACAGCAACAAAAAACUUCAAAAACUUCCUUGAUAAUUUUACAUUGUCUGUAUCACAAAUACAAAAACUACAUCAACAAUACGAUAUUAUUCUAAAUAACUAUCAACAAAGUAGAUGUAUAUUAGACUUGGAACUACCAAAAGUUAUAAGCACACGCUUAAUGGCCUUAUGUGAAGGUUUUGAAAAAAUUAAAACUGUUUGCAACAAUACAACUGAUGAUAAUGAAAUUGUAGCAUUAUUUAAAUUAAUUGGAGAAAGGCUUUACACAAAGGGUUUGAAUGCAGUGACAAUUUCCCAACUUGAAGAUUCAUCCAAAUCUAAAUUGUGCCAAAAGUGUAAAAUAAACCGUGUGGAUGAUAAAUAAAUAAAAAAAUAAAUAGUAUUUGUGCUCUGGCUAUUGCUUUUGGUUUUCAAUCUGAGAAAUAUAUACACGAUAUACAGAAAUUAGACAUUUCAUGAAACCUUAUAUCAUGACACUAAUCCUAUUAUUAAACGAUGCCAAGGUUUGACCAUGCCAUUGAAAUUUGAAUUAUAGAAAUACACUUUACACACUAAAU